AUGGAUUAUGGCCUACAGCAACUCGCAUUGUGCCUCUUCAUUCUCUGCCGCCUCUUUCAAGUCACCGCCGAGGAUGAUUGGAAGAUAGCCACAGCCACGCUCUCUAGAGAUAAGGAUGGCUCCUCCUCCGUCAACAUUGGAGGCGCUUGUGGGUACGGAGAUCUGAGUCAGACCAGCUAUGGCGGGUACAGCGCAGGCCUGAGCGGGAAGCUGUUCAACAGGGGAAGCAGCUGCGGAGCUUGUCUGGAAGUGCGGUGUGUGAACCACAUCCGGUGGUGCCUUCCAGGCAGCCCCUCUGCGGUGGUCACCGCCACCGAUUUCUGUCCUCCCAAUUCAGGCCUUUCCUCCGAUUACGGAGGUUGGUGCAACUUCCCAAAGGAGCACUUGGAACUAUCUCAUGCCGCUUUCACAGGGAUCGCAGAAACCAGAGCUGAGAUAAUACCAGUCCAGUACAGGAGGGUCAAGUGUGGCCGGAGAGGCGGGUUGAGAUUCAGCCUGAACGGGAGCUCCCACUUCUUCCAGGUGUUGAUAAGCAAUGUGGGCCUCGACGGUGAAGUGGUGGGAGUGAAAGUGAAGGGCCAUACAACGGCUUGGAUUCCGAUGGCCAGAAACUGGGGACAGCACUGGCACUCUUCUCUCGAUCUAAUCGGACAGUCCCUAUCUUUCGAGGUUACUCUCAUCGGCGGGAACACCAUUGCCUCUUACGAUGUGGCUCCCCCGUAUUGGCGCUUCGGGAUGACCUACCAAGGAAAGCAGUUCCACUCCUGA